AUGCGACGAACAGCAGUUGCCCCCCCGCACCCCCCACACCCCACCCCUCUACCAAGCCUUUUCCUGGCUGCACAGGAGAGCGCUGUCACUAGCGCAGCGCCCGACACUCUGUACAAGCGGCUGGGCGGCGAGGCCCACCUGCAGGGCGUCAUCAACAGCUUCUACCGGAAGGCGUACGCUGACGAAAGGCUCAACCACUGGUUUGAAGGGUACCCGCCCGCCAGGAUGGAGGCAAAGAUGGCGAGGUUCUUCAAGUUCUGCUUCGGGGAGGUGCCCACGUAUAAGGGGCGGGACAUGGGGACCGCCCAUGCGAGUCUGGUGCAGCGCGGCCUGAACGACGGUGAUUACGACGUCCUGGUGGAGCUGUUCACGGCUGCUUUCAGGGAGUCUGGCGUUUCUGAUGAUCUGACGAACGAAGUUGUUACAAUUCUGGAACCUGUCAACGUCGCGAUCCUGCCGGAGUCACGACCGAAGCCGUUGUUGGUACCGCACCAUCACUGCCGUGUCCGCCACGCGGCCUCCGGCGUUCUUCCCCAGCCAUCAUGUCACGUUCGUGCAGUCGUCGUCAUGCCCACUCCCCACCGCAUGAUUGGCGGGACCCUUUGCGGCAACGCACGUGGGGAAGCGUACCUCGAUUGGCACCGCAUUACUGCCGCGUCUCUGGACGACUCGCCGGCCCCGCUGCCCAACAACGAUGUCGAGUUGCCCCUCCCAAGCCAUGGCUCGCAGAGCGCCACCUGCCUCUGGCCCCCCGCGCGCGGCCCCCUCCCCGCCGUGCAUAUAUACGCGCAGGCGGCGCCCGCAGCCGCGCAGCGCAAGAAGACCAUGGCCGUAGCGAAGGGCGUGUGCAGUCCAUGCGUGGUGGGCGUGUCGGCCAGGCCGGGUCCCCCCAGGCGGGCGGGGAGGCUGGCAGACGGCAGGAUGGCCGGAAGGCGACUGGCGGCCAGGGCGGCGGCGCCACAGGAGGAGGGCACCGCCGCGACGGCGACCGAGAAAGCGCCCGAGACUCUUUACAGGCGCCUGGGCGGCGAGGCCCACCUGCAGGGCGUCAUCGAAAGCUUCUACCGGAAGGUGUACGCGGACGGCAGGCUCAGCCACUGGUUUGAAGGAUUCGCGGCCUCCAAGAUGGAGGGACAGAUGGGGAGGUUCUUCAAGUUCUGCUUCGGGGAGGUGCCGACCUACGACGGGCGGGACCUGACGACCGCCCACGCCGGUUUGGUGCGGGGUGGCCUGAAUGACGGGGACUACGACGUCCUGGUGGAGCUGUUUACGGCCGCCUUUGUGGAAUCCGGUGUGUCUGAGGACUUGGUGGCUGAAGUUGGUGCCAUUGUGGAGUCGGCGAGGGACCCUGUGCUGGGCCGCAAACCUGAAGACAAACCCUAG